UAGCGGUAUAGAUACUGGAAUUUUUUUACUAGUAAUGGCGGCAAUCAGCGACUUAUAGUGGGACUGCGGCGGGCAUUCUGACACUAGAGGGAACUGACUUGGUGUCACUGACAUACCCAGUGACACCAAUACAGUGAUCAGUGCUAAAAAAAAAAGCACUGACACUGUACUAAUGGCACUGGGCAGGAAGGGGUAAACAUGAGGGGUGAUCAAAGGGUUAACUGUGUGGAGUGUUUUAUUAGGGGGCCAUGUCAGUGUGCUUCACUGUAAGCAUACUGCUUUGGAUGGCUGUGCUGUGCAAAGCCAUCCAAAGCAGUGUGCCCGAGCUGACAGGGAGGAAAACUGUUAUUAAACAAAACAGUCCUCCCCGUUGGAGAUGCUUGGUAAUCACCAGGCACCGGCGGGUAAUC